AUGCUGCGCUUCUUGUGCCUCCCCGGAGCCUACGGCAGCUCGGACAAAUUCCAAGUCCAACUUGCCCCCAUCCUCAAGGAGCUCACCGAGGACGGCACCGCGCAGUUCCACUUCAUCCACGGACCCUGCAAAGCCGUCCCGCCGGCCGGGUUCGAGGACUACUUUGGCGCGCCGCCGUACUACCGCUUCAUCGAGCCCGACAGGGAUGUCGAGAAGUCGCACAGCGACGACGUGCUCGCGCGUAUCCGCGACUUCCCGCAAUGCGAGACGGCCGAGGACACGAUGCGCGACCUCAUGCGCGAGGGCAUCGCGACGACGCACCGCAGCACCGACCGCGCCAUCAAGUACCUCGCCGACAUCGUCGCCAAGCGCGGGCCCUUUGACGGCAUCAUCGGCUACUCCGAGGGCGCCACCGUCGCUUCCACCUUUAUGCUGUACGAGCAGCGCCGCCUCAAGCGCUCCGGCAUCAAGCCGGCCUUCAAGUACGGCAUCUUCUUCGCCGGCUGGCCCCCCGUCGACCCCAAGACCCACGCCCUCGUCCUGUCCGACGAGACGGACGAGAGGAUCGAGGCGCGAACCCUGCACAUUAUCGGAUCUCUGGACCCGUACGUCGACGGCUCCAUGGCGCUGUACAACAUGUGCGACCCGGACACGGCGUACCUCUUCGACCACGCCAAGGGCCACACUCUGCCCCGUGACAAGGACACGAUCAAGGAGCUGGGCGACAUCAUCCGCGAGACCCAGACCGAGAUGCAGGAGGAGGGGAUUCUGACGUCGUCAUGA